UCUUUGGAACUUUAAAUCUCCUAGGCUAUAUAAACUCGGCUAUGUAUUUUUACUCUUCUUUUCUAUGUCUCAAAAGCACUUGUUAUAGUAAGUCAAUUACCAAAAUGAGGGCAGCGAACAUGUCAGCUCAGAAGAUUCCUGGACCCUUUGAAGGACCCCAGUGGCCUCAUCUUGCCCCUCGUAGUACCUAUUUGAUGAUAGCAGUCCUCAUGGGUUUUGUGGUGGUCCUAGCUUUUUUUGUUAAUGGUAUGGUUAUAGUGGUUACAAUUAAGUACAAGAAGCUAAGGUCCCCUCUGAAUUACAUACUAGUCAAUCUGGCUAUAGCUGAUCUGCUUGUCACUAUUUUUGGGAGUAGUGUUUCUUUCCACAACAAUAUCUUUGGGUACUUUACUCUGGGCAAAGCGUUGUGUGAAUUUGAAGGAUUCAUGGUGUCCCUGACAGGUAUUGUGGGCCUUUGGUCACUGGCAAUAUUAGCCAUUGAGAGAUACCUAGUAAUCUGUAAACCCAUGGGGGAUUUCCGAUUUCAGAAGAAACAUGCUGUUAUGGGGUGUUCCUUCACCUGGAUUUGGGCUAGCAUAUGGACAUCUCCACCUUUGUUUGGCUGGUGCAGCUAUGUUCCUGAAGGUCUGAGGACAUCAUGUGGACCCAACUGGUACUCCGGAGGUACAAACAAUAACAGUUAUAUAAUGGCUUUAUUUAUGACUUGCUUCGCUAUGCCUCUUAUUACCAUCAUAUUCUCCUAUUCUAACCUUCUAAUGGCACUACGGGCUGUGGCUGCUCAACAGAAAGAUUCAGAGACUACUCAGAGGGCUGAGCGGGAGGUGUCUAGAAUGGUCAUUGGUAUGGUACUGGCGUUUCUUAUCUGCUGGUUACCCUACGCUGCAUUUGCCAUAGUUGCAGCAUCUAAUAAAGACAUUGUUAUUGAUCCGGCGUUAGCAUCAAUGCCUUCUUACUUCUCAAAAACGGCUACAGUGUACAACCCUGUCAUCUAUGUCUUCAUGAAUAAGCAGUUCCGAAACUGCUUAAUGACUCUUAUAUGCUGCGGACGCAAUCCUUUUGGUGGUGAGGAUGAAACAAGCACGGCUAGCGCCCGUACAGAUGUCACUUCAAUGUCUGAAGGAGGUGGAAACAAGGUCACACCAGCAUAAGAGCUUUUGUAUGCCAUCUUCAUUCUAAAGCCUUUCAACUGUAUAUAUGUAAAACCACAGAUUUGGUUAAAUGUAUGUGGUCUUAUGUUCAUCAACUUUUCAUAAAAUAAA